AUGGAAGCCUUAAGGGCUGUAAUUGGGGCGGAAACCCCAGCAUUGGGCGAUAGUGCGAUCAAUGAUCCAUACGAGGAUUUUUUGGAGCAUGCACGAGACCACAGAUUCCAUGCUGAUCAUUCGUCCAUUGUGGCACUUCAACAGCUUGAAAAGAAGUCGCAAGCGACCAGAGACGCAAUUGAGAGCUCAAUUCCCCCACUCCAGCAAUAUUUUCAUGAUAUGAAUGAUAAAUUCAAAACUUUGACCCGAGAUUUGAGCCUUGUGAGAGGCAAGUCACUCGAGAUGAAUGACAGACUUGUGCGAAAUUCAGAGGAUUUGGCUAAAAUAUCGCCUCUAGUUAACGAUUUGAUAAUAUCGCCCGAAGUAGUUUCGCAGAUCAUCGAAGGGAAGAUCAAUGGAGCUUGGGUAGAGAAUAUCUCAUAUAUCCGAGAUAAACAAGAAAUUUACGCUAAAUACAAGAAUGGAGGACAAGAGGUGCCCUCCGAUUUUGCCCAGUUGAGUGAUCUGCUGUCAGUUCUCGAGUCACUGAUCCUAGAACGCAGUAAGCGUUUCAUUGUAUCGAAAGUAAAGUUACUGCGAGAUCAACGAACGGUGCCUUCCCAGAGAAUUCAAAGCCAGCUUAUUGAAGUCAAGGAAAUCUUUCAGUUUUUGGCGCAGAAGAACUUUUCUCUAGCCCUUGAGCUCAGGCAAGCUUAUGCCUACACCAUACGAUGGUAUUAUAAGCAAUUCUUUGGACGCUACAUGAGAUCCCUUACUAUUCUACAAUUUGUAGCUAUCGACUCUAAUUAUGCGCUGGGCCGAGGACUUUCCUCAACUUCCCAAACAACGGCGGAAAGGUUUACAGGUUAUUUCUCAAGUGCGUAUAAAAACUCUACUCCCUCGGAUCAAAUGAUUAACGACUACUUUCAGAUUGAAAAGCGACUAUCCCUACUAACACAGGAGGAUAAUACUGUCAUGGUGUCACAGAUUGCUGAAAAUAACAACUCUCCGAAUUUCUUGGAGGUGGGUUUCAAGAAUUUGAAUUUGGCUCUCCUUGAUAAUUGCUCGGUUGAAUUUGCUUUUAUCACCGAAUUCUUCCAGGUCAACGGGAACAUCGAAGAUUUAAGAGGUAUAUUGGAGCAAGUAUUUCAGCCUACGUUCGACGAAGCAAUGGCUUACACUAAGCGACUCAUUUCACCCACCUACGACAUGUUUGGCGUUUUGAUUAGCAUUUGGAUAUCACACCAUUUGCAAUUUGAAUCUCAAAGACGAUUAGUUCCUGUUUUUGACGAUUUCUUGAAUGGACAAUUAAUGUUGUUGUGGCCAAAAUUUCAACAGCUGGUCGAUUUUCAAUGCGAUAAUCUAAGGAGCUUUCCUAUUUCGGUCACAAGCAAGAAACUUUCUGGGAGGAGAGAAGAAUCUGACUCUUCUGGGACAACCCAUGAGCUCACCAUACAGUUUGCGAAGUUCCUAACUAGUAUAUUAAUGCUCUCAAUGACCCAUAACGAGAAUAUUGAUGAGCGGUCAGAGCCGUUGUACAAUUCAAUUUUAAGGAUCCGAAACGAUUUCGAAACUAUCAUGACGAAAUGUAGCAAAAAAACCAAAUCUCCAGAAAGGUUCCUGGCCACAAACUACACAUAUCUGCUAAACGCCUUGCAGCAAAAUUUGAUCAGCCAAGAAAGACGGGAAAGGGAAGGAAAUGCUCUUCCUUCCCUCAUUUUUAAAGAGACCAAGGAUCACCUUCAGGGCCUGGUGGAAGCUUUCAGUACAAUUACUUGA